AUGGCAACUUUAAAUAAUGUAUUAAAAGCUAUAGAAGCUUUGAAAGUAGCUCAAGAAUCGAACACUAUUCUGUCAGAUUCAAGCGCAAGGAAAGAUAAAUUAGCAUGUUGCAUGACGAUAGCAGAAGGAAUAUGUUCACCAACUGUCAAGGCAGCAGCCAAGUUUCCUCAGGUUCUUAGUCUUUCAAUUGAAAUAUUAUUAACAUUGUGCAAUGAUGUUGAAUCUGAUGUCAGAAUGGUAGCAGAUGAAACUUUAAAUAAAAUUAUAAGGGCAAUGGCAGAUAGUAAUAUUGCCAAAGUUCAAAUGGAACUUUAUAAUGGAAUAAAAAGGAAUGGACCAGCUAGAACAUUGAGAGCCGCUCUCUGGAGAUUUGGUCUUCUUAGUCAUAUGAUUCGUCCUGCAAGAGGGAAAGCAUAUGUAUCUAAUUUAAUACCAUGCAUAGUAACUAUUGUACAGCGUUCAGAGGAGUCUGUAAUUGAAACACUAUCACAAUCAUUACCAUUAAUUAUGAAAGCACUAGGGCCAUUUAUGACAGACAAUGAUGUCAAGACACUGUUGAAAGCAUUGUUUAAAAAUGUAUUCUCUGUACAAGCAGCAUUUCGUAGGGCUGCAGCAAAUAUGAUUUUAGCAACAUGUUUGAAUUGCCGGAAACCACAGUUUUUUUUAAAUUAUGUGUUGAAGCAUCUUCUAGUAUGUAUAAGCGAGGACGAGGGUCGUACAGCAACGAUAAUUGGUAUAUUUGGAUGUAUAAGAAUAAUUUUACCGUAUAUGUGCAAUCCUUCAGAAGUUGAAGAUGAUGAUACAGUACAGAUAGAUACUUUGUUACAAAUUUAUGAACUAUGUUUACAUUAUACCAAAUGGCAUUCUGAUCAUAAUGUUAUAAAUGCUGUUUUGGAAACGCUGACUCAGCUUUUGAAAUCACCUCCAAAAGCUUUAGUAUCUUUAUUGUUAUCAAAUCCAGGUAUAACACAUAGUAGAAUAGCAUUGAAUCAAAAUGAAAUGUCAUUAUCCUUAAGCCAAGCAAGUACAUCUAGUAUUGCCACUGCUUAUGGAGAAAAUUCUGAAUGUACUUUAAAUUUACUCGAUUCUGAUAUACCUGAAAUAAAUUUAAAAAUAGAAAAAUGGAUAUUAGACUCCGAGACGGUACUUCCCUCGGGGCAAAAUGUGCAAACUUCAAGAGAAAGUUCAAACGAAAUUAUAGAAAUGAAAGGAAAAAUUUUGGAAAAUUACAGUGGUUUAAAAAUUGGAGCUAUUGACAAUGAAGCGAUCGAAGAGGGUAGUGAUGUCGGAAGUGAAAUAGAAAAAUCCGAGAAAAAUUCACAUCCAGGUUUACAGAAUGUGGAAGGAAAAGAAGCAGAUGAUUCUGAAGAAAUCUCAUGGUCUAUGGCUUCUACUAAGAAGCUAUCUUUGGAUUUCUCGUCACGGGAAAUAGACGUUGGAACUUUUACAGAUCCUGAUAUACCUUUGAAAUUUUGUUGUCGUUAUUUGGUGUCAUCUUUUCUCUUAACUGGCAACGCUGGUCAUGUAAUACCAGAUAAAUAUUUUCGCGUUAGUGUAAAAUCUCUCGCUUUAACUUGCGUGGCUUAUAUUUUAAAACUUUGUCCAAAUCUGUUUUUAAUUCCUGUUGCCAAAGAAUCGAAUCCUAACGAGAACGAACAAAUGAUAACGGAUAUCUUAUUGUUUGCAAAUCAUCCAGAUCCUCAAAUUAGGGGUAAUAUAUCAAUUAUUAUUGGUACUUUCCUGAAAUCCGUGUAUACUCAAUACGGUGGGUCUUUUAAAAAGUUUGAAGCAGAUAUUACAAAUAAGAAAGUACGUGGAAGUAUAUCGUUAGAGAAUUUAAUUAAACUACUUAUAAAGGGAUUAGAAGAUGAUUCUGCUACGACAUGUCGACAAACGCUAACGGCAUUCACUUUAUGUCUGCCAGAAUUGUUAGAAUCUGUUGACAAUAAACAUGGAAUCACCGUGUUAACUGCAUUACCUCAGCUAGUAAAGAAUCCAUAUUUUUUGGUAAAAGUUAAAUUAGUGGAAUUAUUGAGUGAGAUAUCGUACGUUACUAUAGAACAUAUAACUGGUGGAACAAUGUUCCAAGAACAUUUCAUUGAUGUUAUCAUAACGCUACUAGGUGAUCAAGAUCAAAGAAUUAGACAUGCAGCAUCAGAUGCUAUUGUAAAGAGUAUUCCUCUGUUACAUUUUCAACAGCCACACGACGAUGUAAUCACACGAAAAGCUGUACAAUACACGGAACAGUUUUUAAGCGCUGUGACCAGAAGUUCCGUGGAAUUGUCCUCCUGUCAGGAGAAACAAAAAUUCUUUAUAAACACGUCUAUACAGCCAUUUGCAGCUUUGAAUUCUCACAACGUAGUGAACUAUCGUCCGAACGUAGAGUACUCUUUGUCAAUUGUAAUCAACAUGCUGGCAGAGAUCCUUGGAAUACAAUCGUCAAAGUAUUUAGUGUACGGUUGUUGCGAAGCUCUGUUUCGUUUAAGCGACGCGUAUAGCACUACGGUAUACAUUAGAGGAUGGGAUUGUGUAUCACCAAAAACAUUAUUGAAAAAGUCCCAGAAAAAAAGCGGUAGCCGUUUAGAUAUUAGCGAGUCAAAUUUUACAAGCGACAUGAUGCCAUCGUCUGUGAGCAACGGUCUUUUAUCUUUAGCAUUACCUUUACUAUCGUCAUCUCCUAUAAGCUUAGACUUAUCAACGCAUAAACAUCUUAUUCUACUUGCUGGAAACCUUGCAUCAGGUCUGGCUUUUUGCAAUUUCAAACCGAGCGAUCCGACUAAACCUUGGUGUGGCACGUUUAAGGAUAAACAAAUAGAAUUGUUGUUAAUACAUGUUACGCGAAUGUUAAAUAUAUUUGUUCAUAUAAUUGAUGAUGUACAAUUGACACAAACCAGUACAAAAACAACGUUACUGUCCCUGUCGUCCACGCAAACUUUAUCUCCGAAGAAGAAGAUAAUGAUGUCCGAACCAAAGUCGAAAGAGAAAGGAGAAAAGUUUGGAAAGGAGCAAACGGGCGCGUUCGUUUCGCUACCGCAUUACAUGAAAAUGUAUGAGAUUCUUAAAGCGGCACACAUGAAUUACAUAGCUACCCUUGAGCCGCAUGCCAGUGAAAUGUACUUGUCCCUGUUAAACGCGAUUCUAGACGUCCUUUCGCAAAUUCUUGAAAUUAUAUCGGUUAAUGAAGCUGCUCAAAUCGCAGAAGAAAUUUUGUAUUAUCUACAAAGUACCGUGGUACUAUCACCGACUGCGACUGUCCAAUGUGUUCAGCAACUGUUGAAGUGUUUAUUCAGUACAAACGUGUGUGCACAGUGGAAUGAAUUGAACGUACAAAAGAAUUCAGACAGGAUGACAGUACCGUGGGAGGACAUCGAAGGAUUCUACAAUCACUGUUUUCAAAAUCCUGCGAGACAAAUGGCGGACACUAUCAAAUCUAUGGGAAAUAAUUGCAGAGGAGAAAACGAACCGGAUACUGGAUGGGUAGGCUUGUUACGUAGGAAGGGAGAUAGAAAAUUUUCUUCUAUUUUUAAGAAUUUGGCACGAUCGUCAGAUCAGAAAAGUUCCGUAGCUUCGUUCAUUCGUCUAUUCGAACCGAUGGUUAUAGAAUCCUUAAAACAGUACACUGUAACGAGUAACGUGUCGUUACAGUGUCAAGUAUUGAUGCUGCUCAGUCAAUUAGUGCAAUUACGAGUCAACUAUUGUCUGCUGGACUCUGAUGGAAUAUUCAUUGAAUUUGUGCUAAAACAAUUCGAAUUUAUCGAGGAGGGUCAUGUGCAGCAAACGGAGGAUCUUCUGCCAAAGAUCUUCAAUUUCUUGGUGCAUUUGUCCUAUGAGAAAAACCAUUCAAAAGCUAUAAUAGGAAUCCCAAAGAUCAUUCAAUUAUGCGACGGACUUAUGGCAAGUGGUCAGCCAGCAUUGACACACUGUAUACCGGCACUGGCUCCAGUGGUGGAAGAUGUAUUUUUAAUUCGUAAUGCAAGCUCAAAUCCGGUAGAACAAAGGGAACUGGAGACAACGAGAGAGGUUCUAAUUUCGAUGCUGUUACGACUCGUCGAGUAUUACCAAAUCAUCGAGCUUUUGGCGUUAUGUUUGACAGAGUCUAGGUUCAGUGGAGAUGGUAACGGUGAAGAAAAAUGGAGAAGAUGGUCAAGACUGACGAUGGACUCUGUCCUUCCUAUGUUAGCAUCAGGAAAAAUUCGAAUAGAAUCAGAGAAAGCGCACGUCGCUUUAGUUAAAUUGUUGGCGGCCAUUUCCCCCACAGUGCUCAGGCCAGUUGACCCACUUUUGAAAGUACUUCUCGUUGUACCGGAUUCUUUAGAUACGUCGAGUUUGAAAUUGAAACGGUGGUUAGGGAUGAUUAACGUUGUCUUGUUGUCUCUGAUUGCUUGUUCGAAGGAGGAGGCAAUGCUUGCCCGGCUUUCUGAUCUAAGUAGUACAAAUAUAUCCGAAUUAAUGCACUCGUUUCUUCUUCCGAAAUAUCCCUCCUGUCCUGAAACUUCUGAUCCCCUGAACGUUUUAGACAGCCAGUCCGUUGAAAUACCACCAGAGAGAAUAUUAGCUAGGUUUAUAUUUAAGGUAAUUAGCUUGGUAGGUUCGAAAGUAUAUAAUCUCCUUGGAUUGGUCGACCAUCAACGUCAACAGAACGAUCCGUAUAUUGGAUUUUCAGAAUCUAUGGAGGAUGAUUGGUAUUUGAUUCAUCAAUUUUCGUUCUUUCUGCAGUUGUGCAUACACAUGUUCGAGUCUGGAAGCCACUGUAAAGUAGCCAAUGCCACUAUACAGAUGAUUCAGGGUCGAAAUGUUCUCGAAGAAGAAAAACUACCGAUAACCGACUUGAAUUGUCUGAUGUUAAACAUUGGAAACAAGUGUCCAACGUUAACUUGCCAGUGGGCCUAUGUAAUGACUUUAUUAGGGUACAAUGAAAUGAACUUUUGGUCAAAAGUAUUGGGUACUCGUACACGAUCCGAGUACAUUGUGCAUUGUUCUCCAAGCGAAGAAAAGGCAAGCGAUGAACAGGCCAGCAGUAUCAAUAUUCAGAUUAUCCGGAAGGGUGGUAUUAUACUGUUCUGCGAUUACGUCUGCGAGAAUUUGAACGACGCGGAACCUCUGACAUGGUUACUGGUUAAUCAUAUAAAGGAAACGGUGAAUAAUGCCAUCGAAUCUCCCGUCAGAGAUCUAUUGACAGCAGCUAUACACAGAAAUCCUGCUGCGAGUGGAUUGUUGGUGCAAGCAAUUGCUACUAAAUGCACAGAUUUGUCGCAACCGAGUUUCGUCAAGCGACUUUUCCAGUGCAUAGAAGGCGCUCAUCACUCUCAAAGUGGAGCUGUUCUAAUGACUCUGAUACCAAGAUUAUUGUCCACCAAAUAUCUUGCUUUAUCUAGAAUGGCAGCGAAAAUAGCUAGUCGAAGAGUAGAGAUUUUAUUGACCACACCUGCAGCCGAUGUGACGAAACAAUUGUCGAAAGAGGAUUUCGUUAAGAUCAUGGAGACUUUGCAGUCUACUAAACUUGCAAAGAAACACGGGGGAUUGGUCAGCCUGUUAAAUAAAUUAGGAGUGCAAUAUUAUGACUUGUCUCCUCUGGAACUUGAUCAGUGUAGACCAUUUAAACCAUCCAGCGUGAAAAGUAUACAGUUGGAUCGUAAUUGGUUCUUGUCUCAGGUGAAAUUACGAUGUUGCAAUCCCAAUGCUAGCCAGAACCCAUUAGAGGCGGCGGAAUUAUUGAGAGAUUUAGAUUUCGAAGAUUGUCUCGGUAUCCUGUCUUCCAAAGAAUUCAACGUUACGAUCCUCAAGCCUUGCAUAAUAUUAGGCGUACAAACGACUGUCGAAAAGUGCCAGAAGCUCGAAUUUGGUGUAGCACAGAAUGAGAAAGACUUCAACUUCGAGACUAGCCCGUUAUAUAGUGCCGCGAAGCAAUGUUUAUUAGAGCAUGUUCGCUAUGUGACCGAUUUAAUGCCGAAACCGCAUCAUGUUUACAAUCCAACGGAAUCUCAUUCGAAGGAGUCCAAGUACACGCUUCGUUUCGUCGAGCUUCUGUACGAGUCCGCUUAUUGGGAUAUACUUUUCAUGUUGAUACCAGCUGUGAAGAUAUACAUGAAAACGUUGGAAAAGCUAGCGAAUUAUAAUUUAGCGAAAAUCGAUAGAAAAUGUGAGGAAGAUCUGGCGAAAUUUGCGAUUCUGUGCUUAGAAUUAACACACUGGUUGGUACACCGUGACCAGACGAGUAUAAAAAAAUUGAGGCCAAAAGAUAUAGAGGUUGCGUUGAGCUGUGCAUCAGAGAUCUUGAAACAUCCUGGCCCGAAUAAAAUCUUUGGGGAAAACGCGAGGUAUUCGUGGGUUUGUAGCGGCGCUGCUUCAUUAACAAGAACAGUAGGAUAUUUGUUAACAACGAUCGACGCUUUACCAGUGGUAGACACGCGUGCUCUAGAACCGGCGCUCGGAGACGAGGAUACGAAAGAUUACGCUCGAGCGUGCGCUCGAAUGGCUUGCCUGGUCGCUUGGUUGGAAAAGUGUCAGAAGGAAGGAUCGUCGAAAAAUAUUCCUCGAUAUCUCUUCGACACGAUAAAAGACUUGAUCGUGAGUAUAGCUCGGCAACCAUUGGUAAAUUCUUUCAUCUUAACCCCGCCACUGGUAUGGAAACAAAAUUGGAAGGUUGUUGGCUCUGGUCCAACCAAAUGUUACUUCCCAUUAUUACCCUCUGAAUCGAAUCUCCUUCAGGAGGUGGAAAUCUUGGAGCAAUUUAUUUAUAGGAUCAAUUUGUUAGGCUGGGUUUCGCGUUUGCAGUUCGAGGAAAUAUGGAUGGCACUUUUAGGAGUGUUGAAUAUUUCUCAAAACGAGAACGUAUCAUCCGAAGAUAUUCCAGUGUUGAUUCAAGCGAGUAGUUUAGCUCUACAGGCCAUAACUAGAUUAUUGUUGCAAACUUUACUUCUUCCUUACCCUGGAAAUCCAAGGGCUAGCACUUUGAUGCAUCAUCCGAGGGAUCCUCAGUUAUCGGUUCAUAAAAUCAGCUCGCAGAAAUUGUACGCGAUUCAAGAUUUGCUCACGUGGAAAUACGAGUGUGUGAACGAUUCAGAAAACAUCGGUGGAUUUAACAUGGAUCAUAUUUUUCAUCGAGGAAACGUGGAAAGAGUAGCAAGCUCGAAUAAAUAUACGUACAGUCAACUCUCCGUUUCUUACUUGUGGUCUCAGUGCAACUUGUACGAGGACAAGUUAAAUGCCUCCGUCCUCAACCUGAAGAACAGACGAAACGACGCGUUGAUGUCCGCGUCGCUUGAUAUAGAUUCCUGUCUUCGUUUCCUGGUGGAACUUUACACGUCUUGGAUGUCUCCUCAAGCCAACACACCUAUACACCUGCUCACGGAGGUUGUUAAAUCUAUUCUAGCAAUUUCUGAAUUGUUCGUGGAAAGAGGUCAGUAUCAAUGGAUGCUGGACAUGUGUUUGGAUAUAUCCAGGAUUCAUCCCACGGAGAACAUUAUAUUGCAUCAAUAUUUGGUGGUUUCUGUGUGCAAGGCUGCUGCAGUACUAACACCAUUGGACUUUGAGACGUUGGAUAAGGUUAAGCGAUUAGUAGACGCGAAUCUUAAGUCAGGCUUUUUGCCUGCGAGGGUAUCCGCGCUACAUGGCUCACUGUACCUCUUACAAAGUGCUGUACUUGCAAAUUGCGAGGAGACGAUGAAUAUUAUACACCCUUUAGCGAUAGAGUAUAUACAGAAACAUCUAGAUGCGCAAGACUCGAUCGGCGUAUUAAAUCAAAAUGAAGAACAUCAGGGCGUGAUGUGGGCUUUGGUAUUUUUUUUACUGGAACACGCGGAAGACACACCUCCAGAUACAGAAGCUCCGGCUGUGUUAAAAUUAGUUCUCACUUUACUCACGUCUCAAAAUAUUUCUUGUAGCUUGCAUCAAACGCUUAUGCAGGGACUCGAGCGACUCGUAGCAACGAAGACCGUGAUCGGGAAGGUUGCUGAACAGAUAGUCAAAGUUGCGAUCGAUCGGUUGAAACAGCCUAGUCCCAUGCUGUCGUUACCAGCGUUGCAAUUGUUGUUGACCUGCAUGUACACAGAAGCGGCAGAUAAGUUGAACCAGCCGGAAAUUGAGGAGCCUUUACCGGACGUGGAACCAGAGGCUUUGGUUCGAUCCAUAGAGCGCACUUCUGCGAUUUUCGACAAAAUUAGGAGAGGACAUUCGAUGGAAGUGGAACUUCUAUGCACGGUUUUGUCAGGUGUUCUUGGAGACUUCUUUCCACCGUCUGAAAUUUUGACUAAAGUGAUAGGAGAAUUUUUGUCGCCGCAGCAGCCUCAUCCACGACUACUUUCCGCCGUGGUCUUUAAAGUUUGCGAAAGAGCGUGCACUUGCGCGCAAAUGGAACUUCUUCAAGACUGGGUCGUAUUUAGUUUACCAAACUUUAUUCAGAGUUUACCGGUGACGAUGUCAACCUGGUGCUUGUCUUGUUUUUUUAUUAGUGCAUCUACGAACCAUUGGCUGAGAGCCUUAUUUCCUUAUAUCCAAUCGAGAAUUGGUAAAUACGAAUACGAAGAUAAAAAGAUACUGUGCAUCGCUGCUUCCGAUUUUUAUCACAAGCUACAAAAGGAAACUCAAAGGAAGGCUUUUGUGGAAACUUUCGAAGCAGCGGCAAAGGAACCUGGAACACCGUUCAGCGACAUUUUAGCGUCCCUCUAGCUAUGUAGUUUCAUUACUGGAUCACCGUCUCGAUACGAGAAGAUUCAAUC